CCGCCAUGGCGGCGGACGACGCCGUGAGCGUGAGCGGCCCCGCCGACAAGGGCCGCCCGUUCUCCGACCCGUCGCUGGAGCGGCUCUACCAGAGCUACUCCGUCAAGCAGAAGCGCGCGGGCGUGCAGUGCUUCCUGGCGGCCGCCGUGCUGUACGACGUGUUCGUGCUGGUGCUGCCGGGCCAGAGCGACCCGCUGACCCGCGGGCUGACGGCGGCCUUCCUGGGACUCAACCUGGCGCUGCUGGCAUGGACGCUGCGGCCGUCGCGCCUGGAGGCCAUGUGGGCCGCCGUGCCGUACGUGGCGUGGUUCCUAGCCAUCACGCAGCUGCUGGCGCACCUCUUCCUGCGCAAGCACGAGGGCACGGGGCGCGACGCGCUGGGCUGGGCGCUGCUCCUGGACUACCUGCUGUACGUGACGCUGCCGCUGCGGCUGCGCUACUGCGUGCUGCUCUCCAUCGCCACCUGCGGGCUGUACGUCGUCACCGUGUACGGGCUCGCCUACAAGAACGACGGCACGCUGGUCGCUCAGCUGGUGGCGAACGCCGUGCUGCUGGCCGCCUCCAACGUGCUGGGCCUCACCUCCUACUCCAUCAUGGACAAGCAGCAGCGGCGCGCCUUCGAGGACACUCGCAAGUCCCUCAAGACCAAGCUGGUCAUCGAGGAACAGUCCGCCGAGCAGGAGCGACUGCUGCUCUCGGUGCUUCCCGAGCACGUCGCCGUCCAGAUGCGAGAGGACCUGGGCUCGGGGCUGGACACGCAGUUCAAGAAGAUCUACAUGAGCAGGCACGAGAACGUCAGCAUCCUGUACGCUGACAUCGUGGGCUUCACGGCCAUCUCGUCGACGUACAACGCGCUGGACCUCGUCAAGAUCCUCAACGAGCUCUUCGCCAGGUUCGACCGUCUCUCUGAGAAAUACCAGCAGCUUCGCAUCAAGAUCCUGGGGGACUGCUACUACUGCAUCAGCGGCGCGCCGAUCGAGCGGCCGGACCACGCCAUCCUGUGCGUGCACAUGGGGCUGUCCAUGGUGGAGGCCAUCAAGUACGUGCAGCAGACCACCAACUCCCCCGUGGACAUGCGAGUGGGCAUCCACACGGGCGCCGUGCUGGCGGGGGUGCUGGGCCAGCGGCAGUGGCAGUUCGACGUGUACUCCAAGGACGUCGAGCUGGCCAACAAGAUGGAGAGCAGCGGCAUGGCGGGGAAAGUCCACGUCUCCAACAAGACGCUCGGCUUCCUGGACGGCGCGUUCGAGACGGAGCGGGCGUACGGCGAGAAGCGGGAAGAGAUGCUGCGAGCCGCCAACAUCACCACCUACUUCAUCACCAAGAUCCUCAAGCCGUACGCGGGCGAGAACAACGAGCCGCAGAACGGCGGCGUCACCGAGGACCCCACGCACGACGCGGCCAAGGGGGACGACCACUUCAACGACGAGACGCGGGUCCUGGCGGAGACUGGCAGGGACAAGGAGGACUCGGAGGACUUCAAGAAGCGCCUGCGCAAGGAACUCAUGAGCAGAGACGGCCAGAAGGACCUCUCGAACGCCACCAAGCUGCUGACGCUGGCCUUCGUGGACAGCAAGAAGGAGCAGGAGUACCAGUACCACAAGGAGACCAACAGCUCCAUGUCCAUCGUCGGCUGCCCCAUCGCGCUGGUGCUCACGACCCUGGCCCAGAUGAUAGUGCUGCCGAGGGACACGAUGAACAUCAUGUCGUUCAUCCUGGGCAUCAUCUUACUGGUCCUGUUCACAAUAUGCAUCGUGGGCGAGGCCUUGCCGAAGGCCUUCCCCUCCGCCCUGGUGCGCUGCUCCGAGUCCAUGAACAGCACGCUGUGGGUGCGCCGCUUCCUCGCCAUCGUGGUGGUGCUGGUGCUGGGCGCGGCCAACGUGGUGGACAUGGUGUCGUGCUCGGUGCCCGCGCAGGCCAACUGCACCGACUACGAGGGCGUGGCGAUCCCCGCCAACGGCAGCGUGGCCCUGCCGUCGACGGCCGCCCCCAACGCCCCGGCCGCCACCGUCUACACGGUGGCCUGCACCGGCUCGACGCCGGGACAGACUUGCCUGUUCCCCUCCUACUUCUCGUACUUCUGCGUGCUGGUGCUGGUGGCGUCGUCGCUGCCCGCGCAGCUGUCGCACCUCGUCAAGGUGCUGCUGCUGUCCCUGGUCGCGCUGGCACACUGCGCCAUGAACGUGCUGGUGGUCGGCACCGCCCUGGACCAGGAGGAGCGCGGCAGCUACGCCAGCUCCCUGGUCCCCAGCAAGUUCACCCUCUCCGGCGUGCUGGUCGUCGUCACCAUCGCCCUGGGCUUCCUGUGCCGCCACAUGGAGAAGGCGCUGCGCGUGCUGUUCCUGUGGCGCACGGAGGUGGAGGAGCAGCGCGAGUUCGCGGCGGACAUGCGGCAGCGCAACGAGGCGCUGGUCUACAACAUCCUGCCGCAGCACGUCGCCGCGCACUUCCUGCGCCAGCGCACCCGCCAGCACGAGGAGCUGUACGCCGACAGCUUCGCCGAGGUCGGCGUGCUCUUCGCCUCCAUGCCCAACUUCUCCGAGUUCUACUCAGAGGAGAGCGUCAACAACCAGGGCCUGGAGUGCCUGCGGUUCCUCAACGAGGUCAUCUCGGACUUUGACGCGCUUCUGGAGUGGCCGCAGUUCCAGGACAUCAUCAAAAUCAAAACCAUCGGCUCGACCUACAUGGCCGCCAGCGGCAUCAACCCCACGAAAAAAGUGAAGGACGACGACCCCGUGACGGUGCGCUGGGCGCACCUCGCGCUCCUCGUGGAGUUCGCCUUCGAGCUGAAGAAGGCCCUGCAGAGCGUCAACGAGCAGAGCUUCAACCACUUCGUGCUCAAGAUGGGCAUCAACCACGGGCCCAUCACGGCGGGCGUCAUCGGCGCCAGGAAGCCGCACUACGACAUCUGGGGCAACACCGUGAACGUGGCCUCGCGCAUGGAGAGCACGGGCAGGGCGGGCUGCAUCCAGGUGACGGAGGAGACGUGCAACAUUCUGCGCAACUUCGGCUACAACUUCGAGCAGCGCGGCAUGGUGUCCGUCAAGGGCAAGGGCCAGCUCAUGACGUACUACUUGACCGGCAAGGGCGGCGGCGGCGGCAGCAUCCGGCCCGACGGCGACGGCGCGUCCUCAGGGCCCGGCAGCAUGGCGCUCACCCCGCAGGCACACGCGCCCCCGCUGGCGUCGCCCGGGGCACUGUCGGGCCACUCCGGCACCGCCAUGCUGCCGGGCCCCGACACCCUGGGGGGCGGCCUCGGCGGCGGCCUCAGUGGCGGCCUGGGGGUGCAGGCGCCCAGCCCCACGCCCAACAACGUGGCCGACGACGAGGACGACGGCGACCCCGCCGAGAGUGCCAAGCUGCUGGAGGGCGUGAGGAUCACCAUGCCCGAAGAGUCCUCCCCGGCCAAAGUGGACACACGGACACCCAGUGAGACGCACAGACUUCUCGACCAGGCGUAG